AUGGCCAUGGCUACCCAUGGCCAUGGUUGGUGGGACCUGACAUGUCCUGAUCUUUCUUGUAGCGUUUUGGGCUCGUUUUUGCCAGUAAGCUCCGCUCGCCGCCGCAAAGGAUCCUUAAGCGCGGCUAUGGCUGAAGAAAAGGAGCAGAGUGCUGGGAUGUUUGCUCUGAUGGUGACCUUGAAGAUCGUUGGAGUCCUCAUCGCCCUGUACUUUUUCCUCUUCGGUCUCGACCUUAUGGGUGGCUCCUUCAGUGCUCUGGGCAGCAAAGGAGCCGGAAACUUGUUCACCUUCUCUGACAAUCCUAUUGCUGGCCUCAUGGUGGGCAUCCUGGCUACUGUCCUGGUGCAAUCCUCGUCAACAAGCACAAGUAUCGUGGUUGGUUUGGUCGGGGCUGAUGUGUUGGCAGUGAGGUAUGCGAUCCCUAUCAUCAUGGGUGCCAACAUAGGCACUUCCGUGACGAACACUAUUGUCAGCAUGGCCCAUGCAGGGGACCGGUUGGAACUGGAGCGAGCCUUCUCUGGCGCCACAGUGCACGACAUGUUUAACAUGCUCGCAGUCCUGACUUUGCUUCCUGUGGAACUGAUCAUCGCUGCUAUCUCCGGAGAGGGAGGCCUGCUGUACUGGAUCUCCAAAGGAUUGACGGAUGCCGUCAUGGGAGAUUCAGAGAACGACUUGACCUUUCCUUCUCCAACUAAAGAGAUUGUGGGCCCCUUCUCCAAGCUGUUCCUGAACAAGGACAAAAACACCAUCAAAGCCUUGUCCUUUGGCGCACCUACGGCUCAGAGCUGUGGCACGGGCUGCACAAAGUACUGUGUGAGCUCAGAUGUGAGCAAGGCCUGGCAGAAGGUUGCAGAAGAUGCCUACGCAUCCACCCUGACGGCGUGCACUGGCGCUGUAACUUGCGAUUCGGGCACUUGCUACACAAAUGCUGGGGACUUUUACACAAACAACAUCGAGACGGGAAGGACCAUCAAGGGUGGCUUCCUGAAAGACGUUGGUGACGUUGGAGGUGGCAUCAUUGGACUCAUCCUGUCGUUGAUUGUGCUUUGCGCAGCCCUGUUCUGCCUGGUUAAGCUUUUGCACAGCCUUGUGAUGGGCCAGGCCAAAAAGAUCAUCAUGAAGGGCACCAACAUGAACGACUACUUGGCCAUCUUGGUGGGUCUGGCAAUCACCAUCCUCGUGCAGUCGAGCUCCGUCACAACGUCGGCUUUGACUCCCUUGGUUGGCAUUGGAGUUCUGCCCGUUCACAAGAUGCUGCCCAUGACGCUGGGAGCAAACAUUGGUACGACCAUUACCUCCAUCCUUGCAGGGCUGGCCGUCAUGAAGAAGAGCAGCAUCCAGAUUGCUUUCUGCCACCUGCUGUUCAACCUCGUUGGUAUUUUGAUUUGGUUCCCUGUCCCCAUCAUGCGCAGGGUGGUUGUCCGGGCUGCUUGCACUUUGGGCUUCUAUGCCUCCUACUGGCGCCUGGUUCCGCUCAUCUACAUCCUGGUGAUGUUCGUGGCAGUGCCGGGCGUUUGCUUGCUGAUUUCCCUGCUUUAUGGUUCCAGUGUUGCUGGUGGUGUGGUUCUCACUAUCCUUGCCGUGGCGGUUGUGGCGGCCUUUAUCUACUGGUGGAACUUCAUGGGCGGCUGCUACAAGGUGGUCAGCAAGGAAGAGCGUGACGCCCGCCAAGCCGAGAUCGAGGCAGAGAUGGGUGAUGCACCAAAGGAAGAACCAGCAGCUGAAACCGCGGUUUGA